CCGUCGGAUCAGUUCCCCUACCUACCGGUGUCCAGUUAUGUUGUGCGGAACGUUGCUCGGGCGACAAUUCGCGUCCGAAAUAUUUGUUUCGUAAAAUCGUUCGUUAAAACGUUAAAAAGUAAUCGUGCAUUGUAUCAGUACAUCGUUAAUAACGUGUACAGUGUUAAGAAAAUUCGAAACUCUGUCGAUUUUUCUCCGAUAGCUCCAGUGGGGGACCAUUUACAGUAUACCCACGCGUGCUUUCAAGUAUACAGGUACCAGAAUCCUGGUACCUGGCGAACACUUCCGUCGAGGAAACGUGGAAACCUUUCGACGAUCAUCAUUGAUGAAUAAAUAUUUCGAACGGAUGUCUGGCUGGAAGUUUCAACUGGACAACCUAGGAAUGCGGUGCGAGUCAUUACUGGAAAAUGGACAUUAGACAGAGAAGGCAGCGUGAAGCCGCGGAAGGAGGUUCCGGAAGGUUUUUCGUGAGAAACGCCGAUCUUCCUUCGUACGUGAGAAUAACUCCGAGAGGUCGGCCUUGAGGUGUGGAGAGAAGUACACGGCAAGCAUUGCCGCCGCCGUAUAGUAGUCGUCGGGCAACUCGCCGGGAUUUAUUCGAGUUUCACAACCUCUCUCGAUCACCGGCACCGGUCGCGACCUCGAUAGAGCUCAUCCACCUGGUUGGAUAACUUCAGCAUUCGGGACCCUGAAAGGUCGCCACGAUCCUUGUUCGCGUUCACCGGAAGUCGCGCCAUGUAGCCGAUUGACCGCUAGUAUUUACCGUGUAGACGAUUUUUAUUCCGAAUCGUGUUUUUACAUGUGAUGUACGUAUAGACAGUGCGAAUAUAUUAAAGUGUCGAAGAGAGAAUCAUGAAAACGAUGGGGGACGUGGUCGCGGAUCCUGUCGAAGAACAGAACGACAAUUCUGUUCAGAACACGAGUGGCAAAGAGUUCGGUCAGAAGACGUUUAGGUCUUUGAAGAGAGGACUAGGCAGACUUUGGAGGAGGCAUCGGGGCAAUGCAUCAAUCACCGAGUACGAUCCUUGCUACAAGGUCGCCUAUCUCGGCAACGUCCUCACUGGAUGGGCAAAAGGCGAGGGUUGCGUCGAGAAGCCAGUGUCGACGCUCUGGCGCAAUUACGUUACCAGCAGCCGACCGGACGUGACGAUGAGGUUGACGGUGACGAACGGCGGACUGACCGCGACGACGAAGGACCACGGUUUGACGGAGUACUGGGCGCACAGGGUCACCUACUGUACGGCACCGGCGUCCCACCCGCGCCUCUUCGUCUGGGUGUACCGGCACGAGGGACGGAGGCUGAGACCCGAGCUCAGGUGUCACGCUGCCCUCUGCAGCAAGGAGUCCACUGCCAGGAGGCUGGCCUCGACCUUGAACGCCAGGCUGCAGCAGGCGCUCCUGGAAUUCCGACGGGACAAGGUCUCCAGACAAAAUGCUAGACUGUCUCUAGCAAACGCUCUGUACGAGAACCCAUCGUUACCGCGACGGAAGUUACUUUUGAGCACCGGCGGCCAGAAUUACCGGCCGCCUCUUGAAAGAUCGAAAAGCGCACCGAAACUCUCAGCGAUCGAAGAAGACAUCGCGGCCGAAGAGAUAGAACAGCAGAGAAUCCUAGAGGAGUUGAGGACAUUGGAGAACGUGGCGCGCAGUUGGCAAUAUCAAGAUAGCUGGAGGCUAGCACGAUUGUUAGACGCUCUGAAUCGAGAGUCUUCCGACGAAAACGGAAGCAUCUCGAGCGGAUGCGAGACUGCCAGCACUGCUACGAGCGAGGAAAGGGCUCCCGGACCCGAGGAUCACCACGCCACAGGCGAUGCAAGGGAGCAACGACCAGGAAGAAGAGUCAUGUUCUCUGAUGACAUUGUGCGAGGCCCGGGACCACGGAGGAAUUCUGAAGGGUCCCCAAACUUCAUGACCUGCGCCGGGAGUCCUCGUUUUCACCGUCGAGAUAUGGUGACCGGUUGCAAGAGGUUCGUUUCGAGGAACGAGGAAGACGAAUCGAUGGAAGAGGAGGACGAAGAAAUGGAGGAUCAAGCGUCGCACGUCUUCGACUUCGAGGAUGUCGAGGACUUCGACGAUGUGGUGGACUAUCGACCAAGAGGCGAGAUUCUAUGCAGGCUGGACGAGCAGGACCGAGAGAGAAGAGUAAUGGAGAAAUACCCGAGAAGAAUGAGCCACGAGCUAAUGCAAAACGACGAAUCACCGUUCUUAACCUUGGAUUCCCUCGACGAGGAGGUGGACAGCGAUGAGAGCGGCUACGUUGAAGCACCGCCGAAGUCUCUAUUAGGUCAAGAUGAUCGCAAAGAGGACGAGGAGACCAAUAAAGGUCAGACUGAAUCGGCAAAUGUUCUGAGAGGAUCGGAGAGUCUGAAGAAACAAGAAGAUUCCAAAGAAAUGAAGACGGAAGAGGAGGAAGAAGAGAGCGAGGAAGAUGAUCAAAGGAUCAAAGAGGAGAGAACCGAUUUCAUCAAGUGUCCCAUAUCGGAAACGAUCAAAAAGCUAGCAAACGCGUCCCUGAAGAGUUCAAAGUCUCUCGAGAUGACCACGAAUAAUUGUAUGAAGGCUUUGAAUAAUAUGAAGACCUCCAAGUCGUUCGACGCUAUUGAAAUUGACGUCGAGUCGCCCAGUCUUCAUCAGAGAAAGCAGUUGCUCGCACAGCAAGGUGUCAUCGUGUGAAAACUUGUCGGAAUACAACAAAAGAAUUCGAAGAUUCUUGGAUCUGUAGAGAUCCCACAUGUUUUCCUGAUCUUCGACGGUUUGAAGUCGGCAAACGACAAGCCGACUUUUACAACACGUAUGCUAGACUCGUAAACGUUGUUAGACAAUUCUGAAAUGGAAGAGAGUUUACGGAGUACUUGAAAAUGUUCAAGUAUAUCGCGCGACUCGCUUAGAAACGAUGCGAACUCAAGAAUCAAAUUUUCUUUGUCACCCUGAAGAGAUUUGGUAAAUGCGCUGUUAUCGAAAAUUCUGAUAGAAAAUUCGAAGAUCUGUAGCAGGGAUCUUUAAAUUAUAGGUAAGAACAAAAACUUACUUUUCCAAAAUUCUACUAGUUUCGAUGUAUUUCUUUGUUACAAAAUAUGAGUCGUGUCACGUAUGAAAUAUACGCGCGUUCGUUUCGUUCGUGGAUUACAUGGUCGACUCAACUGAUACGAAGUAGAUUACUGAUAAAAUUGCGGGUGAUGCAAUUAUGAUUGUUAAGAAUCAAACGAUUUUUCGUGAAGAAUCGGAUAAUUUUCAAGCUGGAAAGUCGGAUCGAUGGUUAAAUCGCAUCAGUAUACUAAUUCUAAGGAUAAUUAAAUCGAGUGUUAGCUACUCUUGACAUUAAGCAUGGUGCAAUUAUUUCCGAUUAGAGUGUGUACUUAUACUGUUACGGUGUGGUGAGGAAAUCGAAUGAGUGUGCUUCGAUUUAUUGUUUCAUUUAGGAUUAAAAUCAGUUAUAUAUGAUGUUGAAAAUGUUAUCUCGAUGGUCGAUCGUUGGGUGUUUGCACAAAGUAGAUUCAAUAAAAAUGAUCACGCAUAUAUGUUAGCAACUGUUGAAAAUAAGGAUUGAUAAUCGUGACCGCAAAAUCAUCACUGGUUACAUUUCACAUUGAUCCUUCAGUAUGUAAGGUGUUCCUAGCAAAAUAUAUGAUAGUUCUCAAAUUCGCGCAUUUCAUACUCAUCAAAAACUCGAUUAAAUUCUACCCUGCGUUAAUUGCAGAUGUUUCAUUUAUCAAAUAUUUAUCGAGAAAUUUAGGUCUGACGCGUAUAAAUUAGUCGUACACGGUUCUUAACUCUUUCCUCAUAAAUUGAGAUAUAAUUUGAAGAAACAGUUAUUGAAUAGUGAGGAAGAUGUUAAAUAAGAACGUGCCAUAUUAUACCCCAGCGCAAUUUUUCUACAACAAUCACUAUCCUCUACAUACGAACAUUGUCUAGUAUAGAGCUUUAAUUUUCUAAUGAAUAAUCUGGACUGAACGCACGUAUAUGGAUGUCUGAAAAUGUAUUAGUAACGAAAACGCAUGCCACAAUUAGUCGCCACGAGACGAGAAGUAUUCGAGAUAUUGUCACCAUCGCUGUACAAGAAAUGUUGAAAGACCAAUAAAAAAAAAAAUGGAAUAAA